CAAUAACAUACCAAUCGUUCAUAUUUGCAUCAGAGGAAACUGUCUGUAUUUCGCAGGAAUAUCAAUGGCGCGUACAAAGCAAACCGCAAGGAAGUCGACUGGAGGGAAAGCUCCUCGCAAGCAGCUGGCAACAAAGGCUGCGAGAAAGAGCGCCCCUGCCACAGGUGGAGUGAAGAAGCCUCAUCGAUUCAGGCCCGGAACAGUUGCUCUUCGAGAGAUCCGCAAGUAUCAGAAGAGUACAGAGCUGCUCAUAAGGAAGCUACCAUUCCAGAGGCUUGUUAGAGAGAUUGCACAGGACUUUAAGACGGAUCUGCGCUUCCAGAGCUCUGCCGUUUCGGCAUUGCAGGAGGCCUCAGAGGCGUAUCUGGUAGGGCUUUUUGAGGAUACAAACUUGUGCGCCAUUCAUGCCAAGAGGGUUACUAUCAUGCCCAAGGAUAUUCAGCUCGCUCGCCGCAUCAGAGGCGAGAGGGCUUAGAUCUGUUUGUUUUUUUCCUCUAUUUUAACGGUGUGUUUUCACACCACUGAUUAUUGGUUUUUGUUGCUCGACUCUUGGAGAUGAUUUUUACUGGUCUUGCUCUCGGACAUCUGCCCUCAAUGCGUUGAUAUUUGAUAGAUGAUGUUUAAGGAAUGGCGGUUUAAUUUUACACACUUGUCUCUUCUGUAAUCCAAACUGUUAUGAAAUCGUUAAAUGGCCGCAAUUUUGUUGUGA